AUGGACGAAUCUGGUUUCGCCGAAGAAGCUGGAAGUCGUGUGGUUGUCGUAAAACGUGGUACAAAAUACGCUAAUCAAGUGCAAGGUAGUGGUGGCAAAGCUUACACAACUGUAUUAUUAACAAUACCGGCUAAUGGUAUAGUUUACAAUGGUACUAAAUCUGGAUGGACAGAUGAUAAUUGUUUUUUCGAUUAUCUUCAAAAGUUGUUCAUCCCGAAUACCAAACAUUUACCAAGACCAUUACUAUUGAUUUUCGAUGGCCAUUAUUCUCAUUUAUCACUACAAGCUGUACGUUUGGCCAUCGAAAAUGAAAUACAUUUUUUGUGCUUACCAAGCCACUCGACCCACCUCCUGCAACCUUUAGACGUGUAUACCUUAAAGUACGUAAAACAACAGUGGAAACAGUUGCUUUGGGAACGAAAUAAAACAAUAUCAAAAGUGCUGGACAAGCGUGAAUUCGUGCAGCUGUUUUCCAAGGUGUACGAUUUUGCUUUGAUACCUGCACAUUGCUCGACAGCAUUUGCUAAAGCCGGUAUAUUUCCAUACGAUCCACGAGUAAUUAAAAAUGAUAGAAUAAUCAAGAAUACUUUAUCAACAACAAUAGCACCACCAGAACAAUCUAUUCCAACAUUAUCAAACGAAUUAGAUGCAUCACCACGCCCCAAUGGUAAACCAAUUAAUCAACAAAAUACACUAGUAAGGUCAAACUCGGCUCCAAAUUUGAUUAUUGAUCAUUCACCAUCAUCAACAAAUUCUCAACUUCAACCAAAUUCUACACAAUAUGAUGCUGAUUUUGUAAUGCAUGAUGCAACUGCAAGCGUAUAUAAAUGA